AUGGUCAAACUCUGGGCAAGUAUCGUAAUAGGAGUUGGGAGCAUCGUUGCGGCUUCACCUGUCAAUUUAGACAUUGUGCCCUUGAUUGGCCCUAGAUCCAAUUCCCCGGAUCAGUCCGGCAAGGGCAAAUGCUCAUCUAGCUGCGGCAAACAAAAUUUUGUUUUCACCGGCCUACCAUGGAAUCAUCCCGCUGUCGUAACCAGCGGGUUCACUCCCCAGCAGGUCGAGGCCGGCAUCCGCGCGGACAUGGCCGCGAUAACAAAGGCUGGCUACAACAUCAAGGCUGUCCUCCUCGGCCCUGAAGAUAGCUUGGACUCCCUCUCUGACGAAUUGAAGGGUGUGGACUGGACCGGAACAGGUGUUGGCUUCGGCGUUCGGGGAAGUCCUUCGCCAGUAAUCACACGCCGCCUCAUGGAUACUGUGCAAUUGUACCGGGACGAGGUACCUCGCGCUAGGAUCUUGUUCAAUUACUCGCCUGUCACGUCCCUUUGGGCUAUUCAACAGUACUUCCCACUGUCGAGCGAAUGCUCAAAGACCAACGGAACUGAUUUAGGAAUCGCGAUCCGAUGUCGUGCCUGCUCUCCUCCCGCUUAG